AUGUCUCAAUCUUCAUCCAAAAAUAUAAAAGCAAAAUUAGCCGCCACCAAUAUUAAGGACUCUGUCAAUAUACAGACUGCAAGCCUAAGCAGUAUACAGACUGCUAACCUAAAUAAAGUGUCAACUUCAGUCAAUACGAAUCGUUCAGACGGAAACUUAGCCUCUACCAGCAUGGAUUCUUCUUCAUUAGCCAACUGGUCUCAGGUACCAAUAAGCAAUAGCGCUAAAAGAAACCUCUCCUCCUCUUCUUCUUCUGAUCAAAACUCGUCUAAAAUACAACAAAACAAAAAAAAAUAUUUUUUACGUCUAAUCGCUUUGAAGUACUCUCACAAGACGAACCAGAGAAUACCGAUCCAUCAGAUUCUACUCAGUUGCCUCCUCUUGAGUCAAACCCAGAGGGGAACAUCAAUGUUGAUAUCAAGCCAACCCUACCCCCACCAGUUUUUAUAAAAGGUGUUAUCAGUUUUCCAGCACUCUGCUCAGAACUUAUUGAGCAAAUUGGUGUAGAUAAUUUCUCUUGUAAAUCCUCAACUGACCGCCUAAAAAUUAUGACAACUAACCCAACUUCAUAUAGAACACUGAUCCACUUCCUCAAAAAUCAAAAAGCUGAAUAUCACACUUAUCAGCUCAAAGAAGACAAACCUACAUGA